CUUGUUGCGCAGAGACUGGAUGCGCCGCUGAGACCUUGGAGAGGAGAGGCAGGGACUGCAACAGGUGCACACUGACAGUCUCCUCCGUGAAGGUGGCACUGGAGGUAGGAACAUUACGCACCGUUUUUGCGGUUGACGGACUACUUUAUUGCGCAUUAGGACCAAGCAGCAGUUAAUCUAUGAUUGUUUGGUUUACAUUCAAGUGACUUUUUCCGUUUGCCUUUUUCCUUAAGACAAAAAAAGAACUUUAAAUGCCAAUCUGAGGACAUUUCUGCUGUUUUUAGCCUAGUCACCGUGCGUACAAAUCCAGGAUGCCGGUUUUAACAAGCCCAGACAUCGCCAACAAGUUAAAGGAGAAAUGGCUGGCGGUUUACCAAGAGGAUCAGGUCACAGGGUCCGAUUCUGCCCCCCUAGACGACAGCCUCACCAGCCUGCACUGGCUCCAGAAUUUCUCCAUCCUCAGCGCGGAUCCGGAGCGACCAAACGGUACCGGACCGGGCUGCCCUUCCUCCCAGCAGCACCUCCACCUAAAGCGGCUCGGCUUCCCGAAAGGAGGCACCGACUCUCCGUCCAGCCCUCCUGCCGGAGACACAGCUUCUACCGGGAUGCCUGUGUACCUUGGGAGCCCCGUGACCUCCGGCAGCGACUCUACGAGGUUUACGAAUUACGCACAUCCGGGUACCGGCUACCCACAGAUCCCCAUCCAGUCUAGUCCACCUGUGGAGAUCGACUACAAAACCAACCCUAAAGUCAAACCUCCUUAUUCCUACGCUUCUCUCAUCUGCAUGGCCAUGCAGGCCAGCAAGCAGCCUAAAGUGACUCUGUCCACCAUCUACAACUGGAUCACGGAGAAUUUCUGCUACUACAGACACGCGGAGCCCAGCUGGCAGAACUCGAUUCGUCACAACCUGUCCCUCAACAAGUGUUUCAAGAAGGUCCCCCGACAGAAAGAUGAGCCUGGGAAGGGGGGCUUUUGGCAGAUUGAUCCGCAGUACGCUGACAUGUUCGUCAACGGGAUCUUCAAACGCAGGAGGAUGUCUGCUAACCACUACAACAGCAGUGGUGGCGGCCCCCACAGACAGAGCAAACUGCUUCAGGGUUACAACAGCGCCCAAAAUGGCUGCCCUUACCAAGUGACAGGCGGGAAGCAGAAGAGUCUCCCCUCUAAGAGCAGCAGCAAGACAACAAGGGGGGUAGAGUCUCCUCUUCUGGCGACAGACACCAACAGAGCAGACAUUCUUAGGGGGGACUUUGACCUGGCGUCUGUGUUCGACGACGUCCUCAGCGGGAACUGUAGCACCUUUGAGGAUCUGGACAUCAAUACAGCGUUGAGCUCCUUAGGGUGCGACAUGGAUGUGUCCAUGCAGGGGAGGCAGCAGCACCCAGCAGGGAUGGGAAGGUGGUGCGGAGGCGGGGACAUCAUGGGUCAAAGCCAGCACCUGAACCACCACCAACAGUCCUACGCUUACAUGGAUAUGAAUGCAGUUUCCAUGGAUUGCAAUGCAAAUAUGGUACAAGUCCAGCUACCGCCACAGCAGGAUCAGCUCCUCCAGGCGCAGCACCACCUGCAGCAGCAGUUCGAGGAGCCCGCCGCGCUGUUCCCAGAGCAGCAGGAGGAGGCGGUGCUGCAGCCAUGGGAGGAAAUUAAAGAAGAGGCGCAGGCGAUUCCUCUGACUCUGGAUCAGGGCUUCGGCCUGUGCGAGGGCUUCUUCACAGAGAUGCAGCCGUGGGAAAGAGUGGAGGCCUAUCUGUGACUUUUAACCUCAGACUUAUUAUUAUUUACACCCAAUCGCUUAAACAUCCUCUAAACAUUGCUUGCCCAACCUUACAUGAAAAAGACAACCCGGCUCACAGUUAGGACUAAACCCAUUCUGUACUCCCUUAAAUCACUCUGCAGUAUGCUUCAAUUUGUAAGUUCUUGCUACAGUAGUUUGCUUUCAGGUGAAAUCUAAUCACAAAAACCUACCUUUCUAUCCUGAAGUGACCAAGCUAAUCACAAUUCCCUCAAAAACAGGAGUGAAACAAACUUUAUAUGUUGGUAGAGAUUACUUCUUCCGUAGACUCCUAUGGAUGGCAAGUGAUUGGCAAGGAACCGUCCAUUAAAGCUCCUGUGAGGAGAUUUUAACUGGUUGUGGAACUCACUGAAAGUGAUAGAGGAACCUCCAUAUGACCUUAAAAACAAACAAAACCAUCAUUUCAUCAUUUUUUUAUUCUGUACAGGUGUGUUUAAUGCCUGGAAACACAGCUGUAGGAGGUAGGUGUCACCUUUAUUUCACAUUUCCACUGCAUACAUUUUAAAUGAAGGAAAUUUUGGAAAAAGAAAGGAUGAGGUUUUAAUUGGUUGUUCUUCUCAGAAAACACUACUUACACAUGUGCAGGACAAGAUCAGCAAAGUGCAGCAAUUAACUUUGCCCAGAGGCGGCGCCAAAAUUGACAUGAUGCAGACGUUCUUCACAGAAGCUUUAAGUAACACAACACUGGCAAAUCAGGCACAAUGAUAGGCGAUAAAAAUCUGU